AUGCUGCGAAACCCCCCCUCCCCCCUUCUAUUUCGUUUGCAUCUCGCGAACUUGGCUCCUAUAUGGCCUGAGCCCAUGGCCAGGGCCAGUGGCCUCGACCUCGAUAGAAACAACACGUCGUGUGUCGCCAUUCUGCCUAUUCAUGAUCGAUCGACGGCUUUCGCGUUUCUUGUCUCGCGCCUGGCCGCCCGGUGCCUGCCACGAUCCGCCGGAAAAAGAGAACGGCAAACGCCCUGCACGGGGUGGCUGAAACACUCUUCGUCGGCAUCGCAGACUUUACGUGACGAAAGCCAACUUCUUCGAACAGGACAAAUCCUGCGUUUCGAGAAGUCCACGUCGUCGGCCAAAUCGACAAUGUCAACAAUGCCAAACGUAGAGGCGCCGCUCUGGCAAUGCGGAACGCGAGGUGACUACAACCUCUCUGUUCACACAAACAGGCGACGCCAGCAUCGCCUCAAGUAUCUGCAGUUCCAAUACCUCGUCCACAGCGCAACAAAUACAGCAGACGGCAGCACAUGGCAGCAGACAGUAGCAGAAUAG